CCCGGAUCGGACAGAAAGUAGUAACAACAUCGCCGGCGGCGCCGGCAAUGGCUGCCCAUGCCCACACGACUCCUUUUCUGCGAGCUGCAGCGCCAAUUGAUCUCGUAGGAUCAUCGCGGAACACAGUCUUGACAUCCCGACCAUUCUUGGUGACUUUUGGCGAAGAGCAGCAUGAAGACGCAACGAAUGACAUCGACUGUGCGCCAGGGCUCAACACUGCUGUUAGGCAGGCCAGCGCUGAGCAAUGCCUCGCCAGCAAGCGUGCGAUGCACAACAGCCGCUCACCGAGUCAAUGCAGGCCUGCAAUCCGUAGUGCGGCCAAGUACCUCACGUCAGCUUCAUGGACAUGCUGCUCGACGAAGCGGCGCUCCCUCGAACCCCGCCAUCAAGUUCCCCUGCCUCGAUGCUCUCGAAACGCGCUCGGCCACGCUCCAGCAACAAGCUGCGCGGUCCGACCAGAGCGGUCCGGAGCCGUCCUACACAGUCGGGGCAACCAAGACAUUCCACUGCGAUGAGCCCCUCCUGCUCGACCACGGCGGCCGGCUGCACGAGUUCGACAUCGCCUACGAGACGUGGGGCCAGAUGAACGCCGACAGGUCUAAUGUGAUCCUCCUCCACACCGGUCUCUCCGCCUCCUCCCACGCACACUCCACGCCGGAGAACCCGCAACCGGGGUGGUGGGAGAAGUUCAUCGGCCCCGGUCUUGCUCUCGACACGAACAAAUACUUCGUUAUCUGCACCAAUGUCAUCGGCGGGUGUUACGGCUCGACGGGGCCCUCCAGCAUCGACCCGUCCGACGGAAAGCGAUACGCGACCCGCUUCCCGAUUCUAACCAUCCAAGACAUGGUACGGGCGCAGUUCCGUCUGCUCGACCACCUCAGCGUGUCCAAGCUCUACGCCAGCGUCGGCUCCAGCAUGGGCGGCAUGCAAUCCCUUGCCGCGGGCGUCGAGUUUCCGUCGCGCGUGAGACGCAUCGUUUCCAUCUCGGCCUGCGCGCGCAGCCACCCCUACAGCAUCGCGAUGCGCUACGUCCAGCGCAAGGCCAUCCUCAACGACCCGAACUGGAACCGCGGCUUCUACUACGGCCGCGUCCCUCCGCACGUGGGCAUGAAGCUGGCGCGCGAGAUCGCCACCAUCACGUACCGCUCUGGCCCGGAGUGGGAACAGCGCUUCGGGCGACGGCGCGCCGACGCCUCCAAGCCCCCCGCGCUGUGCCCCGAUUUCCUCGUCGAGACCUACCUCGACCACGCAGGCGAGAAGUUCUGCCUCACCUACGACCCCAACAGCCUGCUCUACGUCAGCAAGGCAAUGGACCUGUUCGAUCUCGGCCGCGAGAACCAGCUCGCCACGGCCGCGCGGCGCCAAUCCUUCAUGUCCAGUUCCUCGGCUUCCUCGACUUCUACCUCGGAUAACGCGGCAACCUGCAACCUCACCCUCCCGGACAAGCCCUACGAGGAACAGCCCCAGCCAGGCUCGCCGAUGCUUUCUUCUCUACAAACAGAAGCGGCCCUCUCCGCCAACGACAGAAGUGCACCUCCCAAACCGCCGGCCGAUCUGGUCGAGGGACUCGGAGCGGCCCUGCGCGAGCACCCCGUGCUGGUCAUGGGCGUGGCGAGCGACAUCCUGUUCCCGGCUUGGCAGCAGCGGGAGGUGGCCGAGGCGCUGAAGCAGGCUGGCAACCCGCGCGUGAGCCACUACGAGCUGAGCGAGGCGCAGAGCCUGUUCGGCCAUGAUACCUUCCUGUUGGAUGUGGAGAACGUUGGCGGCGCUGUGAGGAGUUUCCUGGGCUGAUUUACCUAGCAACCAAGGAAGGGGUGGCUAGUGAAAAGGGAGGUGGGGUUGUUUGUGCAUCUUCUGAGAGGGAGAAAGAAAGAGAGAGUAUGUGUGUAUAGACGGUGUUAUACCCGCAUCUGCAUCUGGGAGCAUGUCUGGUGUUCUUGGCAUUUUUUGUUGUGGUAGCAAGUCAUAUAUCGCAAUGAAAUUGGAUCAACUUU